AUGACUCAGAGUUUGUCGAUCCUUUGUUUCGGCGACUCCCUUACUGCAGGCUUCUACCAUCACGGGCUGGAGUAUCAUCCGUAUGCAAAGAAGCUCUAUGAGUGCCUUCAAGCAGCGUUUCCAACGGCCGAAUUCAUGAUCGAGGUGGAUGGAGCUGCAGGAGACUUAGUCACAUCUCCUCCCGGGUCAUUUCUAUCACGGAUUCAGGGGAAAUGUGUGACGAAGAAAUAUGACUGGGUCAUCGUUCUCGGCGGGACGAAUGACCUUGGAUAUGGCAACAACCCUGACAAGAUAUAUGCUGCCCUUCAAGGGUGCUGGAAUGUUGUUCUUGCUACAGGCGGCAAAGUACUUGCCUUAACAGUCCCUGAGUGCGCAGCUGAUUCUGCAAUCCUGGACCAGAGACGGGCCGAGUUAAACUCGUAUAUCCUUAGUCAUCAAGCAGAGCAAUUUUACGCGUUUGACCUGAAGAGUAAAAUUCCGUAUCGUUCUGCGACUCUUGUAUUCCGAGACGGGAUAUUUGAUGAUGGCUUGCAUCUUACACCGGCCGGAUAUGAUCUGAUGGGGAGUGUGGUAGGGGCUCAUUUGAUUAAUCUCUAA